AUGCCAGACCAGUUUGAUCAGACGGUGGUGCUUAACCAGCUGCGCUAUUCUGGGAUGUUGGAAACAGUCAGGAUUCGGAGGGCUGGCUUCCCGGUCCGGAGGCCCUUUCAAGACUUUUAUAAAAGGUAUAAAGUCCUCAUGAGAAACUUAACUCUGCCCGACGAUAUAAAUGAGAAAUGUGCCAUCCUACUUCGUCUGUAUGACAACACAAGCACUGAAUGGCAGCUUGGAAAAAAUAAGGUGUUUCUCCGGGAGUCCUUGGAACACAAGUUGGAGAAACAGCGAGAGGUGGAAGUCACCAAGGCAGCAAUGAUUAUCCGAGCGCACAUCUUAGGUUAUGCAGCCCGAAAGCGGUAUAGAAAAGUUCUCUACUAUGUGGUUGUGAUACAGAAGAACUACAGAGCAUUCUGCGGUAGGAAAAAGUUCCUGUGCCUGAAGAAAGCAGCCAUAAUCCUUCAGAAGCAGUGGCGAGGCCAGCUUGCUCGACGUGUUUACAGGGAGCGACUAGAGGAGAAGCGGAGACAAGAGGAGGAAAGAAGAAAAGAGGAGGAAGAAAGGGAAAGGCAAAGGCAAGAAGCAGAGCGUCUUGCCCAGCAGGCUGAAGAAGAAAGAAAGAAGCAGGAACUGGCCGCCAUUCAGAAAGCCCAGAAGGAGGCAGAGCUGAAACACGAGGUGGAGAAGCAGAAAGAAAGCAGGCAGGUGGAAGAAAUCUUGCGUCUGGAAAAAGAAAUUGAAGACCUGCAGCGCGUGAAGAAGCAGCAGGAGCUGUCCUUGACAGAGGCUUCAUUACAGAGGCUGCAGCAGCUUCGAGACGAGGAACUCCGGCGGCUCGAGGAUGAAGCAUGUCGAGCAGCCCAGGAGUUCCUGGAAUCUCUGAACUUUGAUGAGAUUGAUGAAUGUGUCCGAAACAUUGAGAGGUCUCUCUCUGUGGGCAACGGGUAUCCUGCUGAGCUGACUGAACAGACUGGAAACGCCUGCAGUGAAAAGCCCAAUUUUAACUUCAGCCAGCCAUAUCCUGAGGAGGAGGUAGAUGAGGGCUUUGAAGCUGAUGAUGAUGCAUUUAAGGAUUCGCCCAACCCAAGUGAGCAUGGCCAUUCUGAUCAAAGGACCAGUGGCAUCAGAACAAGCGAUGAUUCCUCAGAAGAGGAUCCCUAUAUGAAUGAUACUGUGGUGCCAACAUCUAUACCUCCUACCCAUGAUACAGUCAGUCUCCACAACUCUUCAAGUGGUGAAUCCACAUACUGCAUGCCAGAAAAUGUAUCGUGUAGACCCCCAAAUUCUGUGGAACUUAUUUCUCCCGAUGGAGACUAUGAUUACGACCAAGACGAUUAUGAAGAUGGUGCUAUUACUUCUGGUAGCAGUGUGACCUUCUCUAAUUCGCACAGUAGCCAGUGGUCACCGGACUACCGGUGCUCAGUGGGAACAUACAAUAGCUCUGGAGCGUACCGAUUUAGCUCUGAAGGAGCUCAGUCUUCUUUUGAAGACAGUGAAGAAGAUUUUGACUCCAGGUUUGAUACAGAUGAUGAACUUUCCUACCGGAGGGAUUCAGUAUAUAGCUGUGUCAGCCUGCCCUACUUUCACAGCUUUCUGUACAUGAAAGGUGGCUUAAUAAACACAUGGAAGCGACGCUGGUGUGUCCUGAAAGAUGAGACCUUCCUGUGGUUUCGUUCCAAGCAGGAAGCACUUAAGCAGGGUUGGCUUCACAAAAAGGGGGGUGGAUCAUCUACACUUUCCAGAAGGAACUGGAAGAAACGAUGGUUUGUUCUCAGACAGUCCAGGCUGAUGUACUUUGAAAAUGACAGUGAAGAAAAGCUAAAGGGUGCCAUUGAUGUCCGAACAGCCAAAGAGAUUGUUGAUAAUACAGGCAAAGAAAACGGUAUUGAUCUAAUAAUGGGUGAUAGGACCUACCACUUAAUUGCUGAGUCUCCUGAGGAUGCAAGCCAGUGGUUUAGUGUACUGAGUCAAGUCCAUGCAUCCACAGAGCAAGAGAUCCGAGAGAUGCAUGAUGAGCAGGCAAAUCCACAGAAUGCUGUGGGUACACUCGAUGUAGGACUAAUUGAUUCUGUCUGUGCUGCUGACAAUCCAGAUAGACCCAAUUCAUUUGUGAUCAUCACCGCUAAUCGUGUUCUUCACUGUAAUGCUGACACUCCUGAAGAGAUGCAUCACUGGAUAACCCUGCUCCAAAGGUCGAAGGGGGACACUAGAGUGGAGGGACAAGAAUUCAUUGUGAGGGGAUGGCUACACAAGGAAGUAAAGAACAACCCAAAGAUGUCUUCAUUGAAACUAAAGAAGCGUUGGUUUGUUUUGACACACAAUUCUUUGGACUACUACAAGAGUUCGGAGAAAAACGCUUUGAAAUUGGGUACGCUGGUCCUGAACAGCCUCUGCUCUGUGGUCCCACCUGAUGAAAAAAUCUUCAAAGAGUCAGGUUAUUGGAAUGUAACUGUAUACGGACGCAAACAUUGUUACCGUCUCUAUACAAAAUUGCUUAAUGAGGCGACCCGCUGGUCAAGUGCCAUCCAGAAUGUGAUUGACACAAAAGCGCCAAUUGAUACUCCAACUCAGCAGCUUAUUCAGGAUAUUAAGGAAAACUGCCUGAAUGCUGAUGUGGUUGAACAGAUUUAUAAGAGAAACCCUAUUCUCCGUUACACUCAUCAUCCGUUGCACUCGCCAUUAUUGCCAUUGCCGUAUGGGGACAUCAAUCUAAACCUGCUGCAAGACAAAGGCUACACAACUCUUCAGGAUGAAGCCAUCAAGAUAUUUAAUUCUUUACAGCAGCUGGAGUCCAUGUCUGAUCCCAUCCCUAUAAUCCAAGGUAUCCUCCAAACAGGACAUGAUUUACGACCUCUUCGAGAUGAGCUCUACUGUCAGCUCAUCAAGCAGACCAAUAAAGUGCCUAACCCUGGGAGCGUGGGGAACCUGUAUAGUUGGCAAAUACUCACCUGCAUGAGUUGCACAUUUCUGCCGAGUCGCAGCAUCCUCAAAUAUCUUAAGUUCCAUCUCAAAAGGGUUCGUGACCAGUUUCCAGGAACUGAAAUGGAGAAGUAUGCGCUUUUUACUUACGAAUCGCUGAAGAAAACCAAAUGCAGAGAGUUUGUGCCAUCGCGAGAUGAAAUAGAAGCUCUGAUCGGCAGGCAGGAAAUGACAUCCACAGUUUAUUGCCAUGGUGGGGGCUCCUGUAAGAUUACAAUCAACUCACACACUACAGCUGGAGAGGUGGUUGAAAAGUUAAUUCGUGGCUUGGCCAUGGAGGAUAGCAGAAAUAUGUUUGCUUUGUUUGAAUACAAUGGAACUACUGAUAAAGCAAUUGAAAGCAGAACCAUUGUGGCUGAUGUCUUGGCAAAAUUUGAAAAGCUUGCUGCCACUGCUGAAGCUGGAGAGAUGCACUGGAAGUUCUACUUCAAGCUCUACUGCUUCCUGGACACAGAAAACGUCCCAAAAGAUAGUGUGGAAUUUGCCUUUAUGUUUGAGCAGGCUCAUGAAGCAGUGAUUAGAGGACAUUAUCCUGCUCCUGAAGAAACCCUCCAGGUCCUUGCAGCUUUGCGUCUUCAGUACCUUCAGGGAGAUUACAGUCUGCAUACCACCGUACCAGAAAUGGAGGAAGUCUAUCCCUUGCAAAAGCUGAAGUCCCGGAUUACACAGUCUACCAAAACAUUUACUGCAGCAGAGAAGGCUGAGAAGAAAAGAGCCAGCUUUCUUGAAGGAACAUUGCGGAGGAGUUUUCGCAGUGGCUCUGUCAGCAAACAGAAGGUUGAGGAGGAUCAGAUGUUAGACAUGUGGGUCAAAGAGGAAAUCUCAGCUUCGAGGACUAGUAUUAUUGACAAAUGGAAAAAACUCCAGAGGAUGAAUCAGGAGCAGGCUAUGGCGAAGUAUAUGGCUUUGAUUAAGGAAUGGCCUGGCUAUGGCUCAACACUCUUUGACGUAGAGUGUAAAGAAGGGGGAUUCCCACAGGAGUUGUGGCUUGGAGUCAGCGCUGAUGCAGUUUCUGUCUACAAGCGUGGGGAAGGAAGGCCUCUGGAGGUGUUUCAGUAUGAACAUAUCUUGUCAUUUGGUGCGCCGCUUGCCAACACCUACAAGAUCGUGGUGGAUGAGAGAGAAUUGCUUUUUGAAACUAGUGAGGUGGUUGACAUUGCAAAGCUGAUGAAAGCUUACAUCAGUAUGAUCGUGAAAAAACGCUACAGCACCUCUCGAUCAGUGAGUAGCCAUGGAAGUCAGGGCAGCUCCAGGUGAAAACAAAACCAGUUCUACUGUGCUCUAAACAGAACAUAUCGCUGCUUGGCCUCAAAAUGACCUGAUGACACUGAUCACAUCUGUUGACAAGCUAACAAAGAAUCAGAGUUUCCAUGGAAAAUAUCUUCAAACAUUGUUUUAGAAAGACCACAGGGUGGGGAGGGGAAAAUCAGCUGAAAUAGUCACAUACUAGAACUGCUGGCUUGUUCAAAACUUUCCAAAGCAUUAUUAUCUUCAGUUGAUGUAACAAAUGCCUUAAGACUUGAUCCACUGCAAUACAAGCAGUAAUAAGUGCCUUACAAUAUUAAACCCAACUUGUAUUGACCUAAAAUUGCCGAUAAAAAUCAAAAAGAUUUUUUUUCUCCUUCCAGAACACUGAAAACAAAGUUAUAUUCAUCCAUUCUGCACUAAUCUACUGGCCUGUAUACAUGUGGGAAG